AUGACUGGAUCGAAAAUUUUGAUUUACGUGAAUGGCGUUAAGUAUGUUACAGACAAUGUACAACCGGAAUGGACGUUGUUGAGUUUCCUGCGCGAUCAAUUAAAAUUAACUGGAACCAAACUAGUAUGUGGAGAAGGUGGAUGUGGAGCUUGUACUGUUGUAGUAUCGAAAUAUCAUCGAUACGAAAAGAAGAUCAUUCAUUACGCUGUUAAUUCUUGUCUUACCCCAUUAUGCAUCUUGCAUCAUACCGCUGUAACUACAAUAGAAGGAAUUGGGAAUAUGGAAUCUAAAUUACAUCCUGUACAGGAACGUAUUGCUAAAGCACAUGGAUCUCAGUGCGGAUUUUGUACUCCUGGGUUUGCUAUGUCUAUGUAUGCUCUAUUACGAAAUAAUCCGGAGCCAACAGAAGAAGAGAUUGAAGAAGCCUGUUCAAGUAAUCUAUGCCGAUGUACGGGCUAUCGACCGAUAUUAGAUGGAUAUAAAACCUUUAGCAAAAGUUACUGCUGUCAGAAAGAAAAGAUUGAAACUGAAUCCCAAACUCUAAAGGUAAGUACAUUAUACAACCUAUCAAGCUUUUCGGCAUAUGAUCCAUCUCAGGAAUUAAUUUUUCCGCCAGAACUAAUGAUUACGAGAGAUAUGCCAGUAGAAAGCUUGCGUAUUGUUGGUAACACUAUGACUUGGUUUAGACCAAGCUCUCUGGAAGAAUUAUUGUUACUUAAAAAAAAAUAUCCUAGGGCGAAGUUGGUAGUUGGAAAUACAGAAGUCGGAAUAGAAAUGAAAUUCAAAGGACUUCACUACCCAGUUAUAAUUAGCCCCACUGAAAUCCCAGAAUUAAAUAUAGUUAAGCACACUGCAGAAGGAAUUGAAAUUGGAGGGUGUAUUACACUAACAAAAUUAAAUGAAAUAAUGAAUGAUGCUAUAGAUAAGUUACCAGAAUAUAAGACGAGGACAUUUGCAGCAAUUGUGGAGAUGUUACGCUGGUUUGCAGGCCAUCAAGUUAGAAAUGUCGGCAGUAUCGCUGGCAAUAUCGUGACCGCAAGUCCAAUUUCUGAUUUAAAUCCUUUACUUCUGGCGUCAAAGUCGAGAUUGUACAUUCAAUCAGCUGAAGGUAAGAAAAAAAUUAUGAUUAUGGAUGAAUCUUUUUUUACUGGAUAUCGAAAAACUUGUCUUAAACCUGAUGAAAUAAUCGAAUCAAUACUUAUUCCAUACACUUCUCAGAAUGAAUAUUUUCAUGGAUUUAAACAAGCUCGACGACGUUCUGACGAUAUUACCAUAGUUAAUGCAGGGAUGAGGGUGGCUCUAGAAAAAAAUUCACUUCGAUGUAAUUAUAUUAUUAGAGAUUGUACACUAAGUUUCGGUGGUAUGGCGCCAAUUACUAUUAUUGCUCGUAAAACUAGCGAUUUCCUGGUUGGCAGAGAAUGGAAUGAAAAUUUGACCGAUAUCGUUAUUCAACUGCUAAGUAAAGAUAUGCCUUUAGCGUUUUCUACUCCUGGAGGAAUGGUAGAAUAUAGGAAAAUAUUAGCCCCUAGUUUCUUUUUGAAAUUUUAUCUGAUGGUUUCGUCUCAGUUGCUCUCUUCUGAGGUAAUAGAAACAUAUUGUGGAAUACCGCCUAGUUAUUUAAGUGCAGCUUCAGUUUUUAAACAUAAUCGUUUUCAAGGCUAUCAAGAAUUUGAGAAGUCAGAUUGUAGUCAACAAGAACACAGUUCCAUGAGAAAACCCAUGGUGCAUACCUCUGCUAUGAAACAAGCUACAGGAGAAGCUAUUUACUGCGAUGAUAUGCCUAAAUACUCUAAUGAAUUAUUUGCCGGAUUAGUCUUAAGCACGAAUGCACACGCAAAAAUUAGGUCAAUAAAUUAUGAAGAUGCGAUAUCCAUGCCUGGCGUGUACGAUUAUGUUGGCGCUAAUGACAUAAAACCCGGUUGCAAUCGCGGAUGUAUCGAAUACGGAGAGGAAAUUUUCGCUACAGAGGAGGUUACCUGCAUAGGCCACUUAAUUGGAUUAAUCCUAGCUGAUACAAGAGAUAAUGCCAAUAGAGCUGCCAAAGCUGUACAAAUAGAAUAUGAAGAUUUACCAGUUAUUCUAACGAUCGAGAAAGCAAUAGCGGCAGAAUCGUUUUACUCUCCAACACGUCAAAUUAGAAAAGGAGAUGUAGAGCGUGAAUUGACGUUAUCACAAAAAACGAUAGAGGGGGAAUUUACAGUAGGUGGCCAGGAACAUUUUUACUUCGAAACGCAAUCAUGUGUAGCAUUGCCUAAGGCAGAAAGUGGAGAAAUGGAAAUUUUUUCAUCAACUCAAGAUCCUUCUGGUACGCAAAAAUCGGUUGCUAAAGCUUUGGGUGUUCCUUCGAAUAGGGUGAUUUGUAGAGUUAAGCGUCUAGGUGGUGGAUUUGGCGGUAAGGAUAUGCGUGGAAUUCCUAUAGCUGUAGCAAGUGCUAUUGCAGCUCAGAAAACAAAAAGGCCUGUUCGAUGCGUUUUAGACAGAGAUACCGAUAUGUCUAUAACAGGAACGAGGCAUCCCUAUAUGUUUAAAUAUAAGGUUGGAUUUAACAAUGAUGGGGUUAUUAAUGCCCUAAAAAUGAAAAUGUAUUCCAACAGUGGCAAUACACGGGAUGUAUCACAUGGGGUUAUGGGAAGAUCAAUAUUAACCUGUCUUAGUUGCUAUCAUAUUCCCAAUGUUGAAAUUAUUGGUUAUCUGUGCAAAACUAAUAUUCCAUCCAAUACAGGCUUUAGAGGAUUUGGAUCACCUCAAGCAAUGUUAGCUACAGAAACAAUCUUAACCGACAUUGGCAUUAAAUGUGGAAUAACCCAAUUACAAGUUAGAGAAAUAAAUCUACAUCGGAAUAACGAUGUUACGCAUUACAACCAGACAGUAGAAGAUAGCAGAGCGCGAGCUGUUUUAAAUGAAGUUAUUAAACGUAGUUGUUAUGAAAGUCGUAAAUUGGAAGUUGAAGCCUUUAAUAAGGUAAAUCGAUGGAAGAAGCGAGGUAUAGCAAUUGUACCAGCAGGAUUUCCAGUAUCGUUUACCUCAAAAUAUAACAAUCAAGGCGGAGCACUAGUUAUGAUUUAUACUGACGGUUCCGUACUGUUGUCACAUGGUGGAACUGAAAUGGGUCAAGGCUUAUACACUAAAUUAUCACAGAUUUGUUCACAUGUUCUGGGAGUCCCGGUGGAUAAAGUACAUAUUGUUGAAACUAAUACAUCUUCGGUACCAAAUGCAUCACCAACAGCUGGUUCGUUAUCAACCGAUUUAAAUGGAGGAGCCGUUCUGAACGCAUGUGAACAGUUAAGAGAUCGAAUAGCCCCAUACCGAGCAGCUAAUCUAAAGGGAAAAUGGGAAGACUGGGUCAAAGCUGCUUACACCGACAGAGUUAACCUAUCAGCCAAUGGAUUUUAUCGUGUGCCCAACAUAGGUUAUAACUGGAAUGAAAAUUCUGGACGAGUAUAUAAUUACGUUACCUAUGGGGCUGCGGUAUCAGAAAUAGAAAUUGAUUCUUUAACUGGGGAUUAUCAUAUAUUGCGUACCGAUAUUGUAAUGGAUGUAGGCAAAAGUUUAAAUCCGGCAAUCGAUGUUGGUCAGAUUGAAGGAGCGUUUGUACAAGGAAUAGGAUUAUAUACACUUGAAGAACAAUGUAUAUCACCCUCUGGAUAUUUGCUAACACGAGGACCAGCAACAUAUAAAAUUCCCAGUUUAUCAAAUAUUCCAAACAAAUUUUAUAUUUAUUUAUUACCAAAUGUUCCAAAUAAACGCGGAAUUUUUUCUUCAAAGGGUAUUGGAGAACCGUCUUUAGUACUUGCCUCAUCAGUAUUUCUGGCGAUUAAAUAUGCCAUUAUUGCUGCUAGAAAAGACUCUGGAUUUCACAAAAUGUUCCGACUCGAUAGCCCAGCAACAUGUGAACGCAUUAGGAUGGCAUGUACUGAUCAAAUUACUAUGGCGGUAACUACGAUUACUUACUUAAUUAUGCACGAAUUUUAUAAUGAAUCAAUAAUUAUUAUAUCUUCGUAA